GUUCGGGACCUCACACAGGUGGCCUGCCUGUUUGUCCAGGCCAAGUGCUGCAGCAGCCUUCACUGCAUCAAGGCUUUAAGAUCCCCUUUUCGGUCAAAGCUGUAGCAGAUCCCAGAGGGCAGCAGUAGCAUCGGCACCAUGGCUCCAUCUACCGGGGUCCUGGACGGAGGCUGGGGAUGGGUGAUUGUUGUGGUCUCCUUCAUGGCCCAGCUCCUGGCCUAUGGAUCACCCCAGUCAGUGGGCGUCCUCUACCCUGAGUGGCUGCAUGCCUUCAAGGAGGGCAAAGGCAUGACGGCCUGGGUGGGCUCCCUUGUGGCUGGAGUGGGACUCAUAGCCAGUCCUGUCUGCAGUGCCUGUGUGGACAACUUUGGGGCUCGUCCAGUGACCAUCUUCAGUGGCGUAAUGGUGGCGGGCGGCCUGAUGCUCAGCGCCUUUGCUCCGAAUGUCCAGUUCCUCAUCUUUUCCUACGGGAUCGUGGUUGGCCUGGGUUGUGGUCUGGUCUUUGCUGCCACGUUGACGAUCACCUGUCAAUAUUUUGACAAGAGACGCGGCCUUGCCCUCGGCGUUGUCACCACAGGCACAAGUGUUGGAGCGUUCAUCUAUGCCUCCGCUCAGAACGAGCUGAUCGUGUUGUACGGCCUGGACGGCUGCCUGCUAAUCAUCGGGGCGGUAGCCUUGAACCUCAUGGCCUGCGCGGGCUUCAUGAGGCCCCUUAACAUGCCAGGGUACUACCUCAAACAAAAGGCCGCCCUGGAACGCAACACAGAGGAGCAGCUUUUCGAGAAGCCCCCGCUGGAUGACCUGAAGAUCACAGCAGGUUCCACCUCAACCACGACAGAGAAAACUCUGACGGUGAAGGAGAUGCUCAUCAACAUUGAUGGCAAAGACUUGGCCGUUCAGACAGAGAAGAAGAAAGAGGGCUUUCUGGCUGGCUUGACCAUCAUGAAAGUCAUCAAGAAGAAGCAGCAGGCUUACUGCAAGUACAUGCACUCCAUGUACGAGAUCCUGCAGAACCAAGACAUGGUGGCCUUCUGUAUUGCCGUGUUCCUGUUCAGCCUGGGGACGUUCCCUCCUGUGCUCUUUAUAGAGGAUGUUGCGCAGAGUGAAGGACUCAUUGAAGAAGUUAGCGUCAUUCCUCUGGUGUCAAUAGGGGCCAUUGCCACUUGUGUGGGUAAACUAGCGCUGGGUAUGCUGGUGGACAUCAAGUGGAUUAACGGCAUCUAUCUGUAUGCCUUCACCAUGUUUGCUGGAGGUGUGACCCUGCUCCUUAUCCCUAGCACUAAAACUUAUCUGGGACUGCAGAUCCUGUCUGUCUUCUUGGGUUUCUUCUCUGGAAACUGGUCCCUCACCUCCUACAUCACCACUAAGAUCGUCGGCUUGGACAGACUGACACAAGCCCACGGCAUCCUCAUGUUCUUCGGGGGAUUUGGGAUCAUGAUUGGACCACCUGUUGUCGGGUGGUUCUUUGACUGGACACAGUCAUAUGACUUGGCGUUCUACUUUAGCGGAGGCUGUGUUGAGCUGGGAGCAAUCAUUCUCUUUCUGCUCAACCUUCCCUGCUGUAACAGGAAGCACUCGGAGAAUGACAGACCAGAUGUCCAUUACUCCAGCAACUGUGACAAAGUUGCCUCUGUAGCCUGAAUAUAAUCACCUUUCAGAAGGACUCAAAUCUUUCCCCUACUGCCCAGCAACUGUCCUCUGAUAAACUACACACGAACACUUUAUGGGAGGAAUUUUCUUUCUUUGACUCUACAGGAGUUUCCUCCUUACUUCCGCUGCCAGGUUCUAAUAUACCAAAAUACUUGCAGAGGUUUUGAAAUACAGGCCUUUCUUCUGUACUGUGCCUGCAUUUCUCAGGUUCAAACCAUAUGAAGCAGAUCUUUUUAAAGGUUUGACUCUGACGCCUGUGUUGAUAUUUUUUAUUAUUGCCUCAUUUUACGAGGUCAACUGAACAAUAUUGUUCAUCUCCGAAAUUCGAUAUUGUGUUUGUAUUAACAUAGGUUUUCAACUUUACUGUAGCUCUAAACAAAAGACAUUGUUCCGUUCGUAAUACCUGGGAGAGAAACGUCGAGUGUUAAUUUAACAUAAUUAAAACAUUAGUAACCACUCUGCAAAUGCACAAAAAUCUCCCAGGAAUCCUACUGGAACAGAGAAUACAGGGAUUGGAAUGAAGGAGGGAGCGCUUUUUGCUAAUUGUUAUUAUAACGACACAUUUUUAUUUGGUAUUUUGUUUUUUUAAUGUAUAUCUUAAUUACACCACCAUGUAUCUUUCCAAAACAUAAAUGAUAGUAAAUGCCUGUCGACACAUAAUGCCUGUUGGAAGAAUACAAACGCCUUGCUUUAUAGAUCAUUUUUCAGUUCCACAUACCUCCUGUUUCUGCAUCAGACAGAGACUUUCUGAAUAAGUUAUGCUGAUUCAAAAACAUCUUAUAACCCUAGAGAGAUCCUACUGUACUCUGAACCUUAACAGCAUGUUGAUUCUCUUUGUGGCAUGAUAAUCAUGACCUCUGCUGGCAAUGAUUUUAACCAGGCUGGUCCUUUUCCAUCAUUGUUGUGUGGUAUAUGUUUAUGUUUACGUUGUUUGUGUGUGUGUGUGUGUGUGUGUGUGUGUGUGUGUAUGUGUCUGCACACGCAUGUUUGCAUACGUGCACAGGAUUGUGUGUGUGCAUUGUUUGAUAAACUUUUGUAUUAGCACUAGUUUGUAAAGUCCUAUGUGCUAGUGACUUUUAUAUGCACAAACCGGCCAUAGAGCAGUAAAAAACAGCUGUAAGUUGAUUAUUGUGAUCAUAAUUGUAAUGAAUACAUUGCAAUAGGCUUUUAGAAUCACUUGAAUGUUGUUAAAUACACCACUACAAAUGUAUUUUUGAUAGUUCCAGUUUCAGGCAUAAGGGUAAAUCUGGGACAAUAGCGUUUGGUUAUUGUGUUAGUAGAGGGGUAUUUGCAAUAUGCAGAUGAGGUACAACUCGUACUGACCUAGAAGACACAGUAUGUUUGUCUGUCACCUCUUAGCCACUCUUUUUUUUAUUUUUUUUUUAUGUAUGCCAGUAUUCCAAUAUGUAUGUAUGUAAUUGUUU